UAGAAAUAGAUCUGCGGGGCAGAGCGGGUGCAGAACAGGCGCACACUGCGGGGAAAUGAAACACGCUGCGCGUCCCGAAGCAGCAGACGAGCUGAGCAGACCCGUUCACUUCACCAUCGGUCCUCUUCUCUCUCAGCGGGACAUCGCACACCGUCCGGGACCAUGUCGCUUCUUCACGAGUUGUUAUCGGCUUAUUGGAUCGCAGCUGAGUGAAAGAGAAAGUCCACACUGGAUUUGAAAGCUACGCACUUGCCACCGCGGAUGAAAUCUUCGCGUACUUGAUGUCCGAAUAACUCCACGGAUUUUCUCCCUCUUCUUCUUCGCAUAUCUCGGAUUAUUCCUUUAAACACGGAGAUAUGAUGAUUUUAUUUGCUAUCAGCCUGACCGUGUUGUCAAAUGCAGGUCUGUCGGUGGAGGUGUUUCGUGCCGGUGUGGCUCCUCGCUGUGAGAGCCGGGCCUGCAACCCCCGUAUGGGUAACUUAGCCCUGGGUCGCCGGGUCCUGACGCAGACCGUCUGUGGCAACAACGGCACCGAGCUCUACUGCUCGUACUCCGACCCCAACGCCAACCUGGCCUGCGACGCCGCCAAGUGCGCCAAAUGCAACGCCGGCCUGCCCCUCCUGUCCCACCUGGCCGGGGCCAUGUCAGACUCCUCCUUCCGUCACCCCAACACCUGGUGGCAGUCUGCUGAAGGGGUGGAGUCCGAGACGGUGCAGCUGGACCUGGAGGCAGAGUUCUACUUCACGCAUCUCAUCAUGGUGUUUCGCUCGCCGAGGCCGGCCGCCAUGACCCUGGAGCGGUCGCAGGACUUUGGGAGAUCGUGGAAGAUGCUGCAGUACUACGCCGGCAACUGCAGCGCCGCCUUCGGGGUGGAGGAGGGAAAGGCAGCAGGCGUGGGCCGGGACGGGGCCGCCUGCACCGCCAAAUACUCCGGGGCUUAUCCCUGCAACCGUGGAGAGGUGAUCUACCGCACCCUCCCAAAGUGGGAGUCCCUGGAUCCGUUCGGGGUGGAGGGCCAGCAGCAGCUGAGGGUGACCAACAUCCGGAUCAGACUGCUGAAGAGGCAGUCGUGUCCCUGCCAGGCCAAAGACCUCGCCUCCACACACGAAGCUCCUCCCACCCGCCACUUUGCUAUCUACGACCUGAUCGUGAAGGGAAGCUGCUUCUGUAACGGACACGCCGAGCAGUGUGUUCCUGCACCGGGCUACCAGCCCAUCAGAGACCGCACCAACCAUGUGGUCCAUGGGAAGUGUGUGUGCAGACACAACACUGCAGGUGAUCACUGCGAGCGCUGCACUCCGCUCUACAACGACCGACCCUGGCAGCCCGCUGACGGACUGACGGGCGCUCCACACGAAUGUCGGAAGUGCAAGUGUAACGGACACGCUCAUAGCUGCCGCUUUGACUGGACGGCGUGGCGUGAGUCCGGCCAGCGCAGCGGAGGCCUUUGUGACUGUCUGCACAACACUGAGGGACGUCAGUGUCAGAAAUGCAAAGCCGGCUUCUACAGAGACCCCCAGAGACCACAGACAGCCCCCGACGCAUGCAAACCAUGCAGCUGUCACCCCUUGGGCUCCAUGCCCUUCCACCUGGCUGACGGCUCACUCUGCGACCCCUCCAACGGAAAUUGCAUCUGCAAACCUGGAGUAGGUGGAAACCACUGCGACAGGUGCAUGGUGGGAUACUGGGGCUUCCACGAGUAUGGCUGCCGUCCGUGUGACUGUGCAGGAGACUGUGAUCCGUUUACUGGAGACUGCAUGUUUGGCUCUGACCUGGACCUGUACAACUUGGAGGGAAACUCCAGCGAGCCGGUGAGGAUCUUCAGAGUAGACGAACUCUUCUCUGCCCUACACUACUCAGAGAAGUGUGAGUGCAAGGAGCAAGCCCUGACCAACAGCAAACUGUUCUGCACCAUGAAUUAUGCAUAUGUCCUGAAGGUGAAAGUGCUGUCGGCCCACGAUAAGGGCUCCCACGCCGAGGUGGAAGUCAAAGUUCAGAAGGUGCUCAGUCACAACAGUAAGGUGAAGAUACAGCGAGGUCGGGUCACUCUUUACCCUGAGUCCUGGACCGCACGGGGCUGCACCUGCCCGAUCCUCAACCCAGGGCUGGAGUACCUUGUGGCGGGCCACUCGGACCGUAAGCAGGGCCGCCUCCUGGUCAACAUGAAGAGCUUCGUCAAGCCGUGGAAGGCCAGCUUGGGGCGCAAAGUCCUCACGCUUCUCAAGAAAGACUGCAACUGGUAGGCGGAUGGUCAAAACAAUGGAGGACGGACGGACACAUGGGACAGUAAUGCUUUGGAUUUUCUUGUCCUCCAGAUGUGGAGUAUUGAAUCGCACAGGUCUGGGAGCAGGUUUUUUGAAGGCUGAACUGAGAUGAUCGAAACGCCCUCUUUAUUCCUCUGCUGUCGUCCGGUGGGAGCUGGUGGCGGACUGCACCAGCUAAAAGCACCUGGGACAUAAUUUUAUUAAGACGUUUCAUGUCUCGCACAGUAGGAUUUCUUCUUCUGCUGCUGCGGCUCAAGAAAUUGAGGAAUUCAGCGCUUUGGUCAAGAGUGCUUUCUAUUCCCUCUGGACACAUUGACAUAAAACUGAAUCUCUUCCUCUCUGCAGCACUUUACCCUAAGACGGACUGAGAAAAUACAGACACACAAGGAGAGGAAGAUUCAACACACGCACACUAAAUGACUCCCCUGACAUGGACUGUGGAUGCAGCACGUCCAUUCCAUAUCACAGUGGACACACAUGUGUGUGUGUGUGUGCUGCUGACAUAAUGUGCAAAGCACCCAGAGUGACGCUGAACAAGCCAUACAAGCCACUACAGGUGGUUCACUUUUAGCCAGUCCAGGUGUGCCUGUGUUGAAAUCGGAGUGAAUGGAUUUGACCCCUAACGUGAAUGUAUUUGCCCGUUUUGAAAAUGUGUGUGUGUGUGUGUGAGACAGAGACGGAGUUUGAAUGCAGAGGUAUAUUUACGAGCACAGUCCAGAUUCAGUCCAGCUCUUUUCUGUAGGUUUGUGUACACUUUCAAAAACUGCCGUUCCAAUGUUCAUGAUACAGCGUUGAUUCAUCUCGUAUUACACUAAAUUCAGAAAAUCCUUGUUAUUCCUACCUUUGUGCUCUUGUACAGUAUUAUUUGUAUAUAUCUAUAUAAAUAUUAUGUUCAUCUUUCGCCCCUUUUGUUUAAUUGUUUUUGUACAUGGUAAUAUUAAAGGAUGAUUACAACUCUGUUCUCA